UGCAUAAAUACAAGACGUACUCGCCACGCGCUCAUAGUUGAAAGUUGGUUAUUCGUGUAUGUGUGCGUGCCCGUCCCGCGACAAGAGCAAGGUUAAGGAUACACACUUUUGCCGCACCCAACCCGACAUGCCGCCGCCGAGCAUAGCGCUGGAAGACCUGAUGGAGUCGACCAGCAAGAUCGAGACAGGCAUCCCGGAGUUCUUCCGGGGCCAAAAGGUGUUCAUCACCGGCGCCACCGGCUUCAUGGGCAAGGUGCUCGUGGAGAAGCUGCUCAGGUCUUGCCCAGAACUCGACACCUUGUACCUGCUGAUGCGACCCAAACGCGGUCAGCAGCCAGAGCAGCGCCUUAACGACCUUCUGCAAAGCAAGUUUUUCUCCCGAGUGAGGGCAGAGCGUGGCGAGGAGUCAAUCACAAGCCAGAUCAAAGUGGUGGAGGGCGACGUGUCCCGCCUCGGCCUGGCUAUUUCUAACGCGGUCCGCGAAGAGCUGUGCAGAAACGUGUCGGUUGUGUUCCACGUGGCGGCUACAGUCAGGUUUGACGAGCCAUUGAGGAAUGCAGUGCUGCUGAACACGCGGGGCACCAGAGAGCUGCUCGCCCUGGCCAAAGACAUGACCAACCUGAAGGCGUUGGUCCACGUGUCGACCCUGUUCGCCAAUUGUCAGCACAACCACCUUUUGGAGGAGGUCUACCCGACAAACGCCGAACCUGAAAAGCUGAUCAGUUGCGCCGAGUGGAUGGAUGACACCUGGCUCAACGUCCUCUGCCCCGUACUUACUGAAGAGCGUCCAAACACGUACGUGUACACGAAGAGCUUGGCCGAGAAGCUGGUGGAGGAGGCAUCCAAAACAUUGCCAGUAGCCAUUUUUCGGCCCAGCAUCGUGAUGUCGACUUUGAAUGAGCCGACUCCCAGCUGGGUGGACAACCUGAAUGGACCUUCGGUGGUGGUGCUCUCAGGUGGCAAUGGCAUGCUCAAGAAGAUGCUUUGCCACGAGGAAAAAGUGGCGCACGUCGUACCCGCCGACCUCGCCAUCAACGCAAUGAUCACACUCGCCUGGUACCUCGCCAUUUGCAAACCGAGCGAUUGCACCGUGCUGAACUUCACUCCGCCCGACGGUUUCGGACUGACCUGGCAGCGCUUCAACAAGAACAUCGUGCGCUUCUACCACCAAAUGCCAUUCAGUGCCAGUACCUGCAUUCCGACCCUUGAGCUGUGCAAGUCCAAAGUGAACGUCAAGCUGUCCCAUUUCUACAUGAUGCUCUGGGCCUACCUUGCCGACUUCGUCAAUGGGAUCAUGGGCCACAAAAAGAGAUUCGCCCGCCUGCAGAUUAAGGUGAACUCGGCCAUCGAGAGCUUGACUUACUUCACGACCAACCAGUGGACCUGCGACACCGAGAACGUGACCCGGCUGCUAAAGUCGCUCAACCCUGUCGACGACAAGAGCUUCAAUUUUGACCUGCGCAAGAUUCCCUGGGAUGACUACAUUUUCGAGUACGGCAUUGGCAUCAGACAGUACAUCAUGAAGGACGAGCUUUCCACCAUCCCUGCCGCCAGGAAAAGAGUCCAGUGGAUUCGGUGGAUACAAACGGCGUUGUCACUGGUGAUUCUGGCCGGCAUCAUGCACGUCUUGUUCGGCAGCUGUCUGCACCAGGUCGAGUACCUAAGCUUUCGCCUGCAAACCGAGUCCCCGGGCACGAACAGCGUAGUCACCGCGGCGACCGACGUAUUCGCCGCUGACAACAGCCUCCUCAUCAGUUCCUUCAAACAAAAAAUGGAGGAAGAUCUUUCCGACAUGCCUUCCAUCCCUGAAUUCUUCAAGGGCAGGUCCAUUUUCGUCACCGGCGCCACAGGAUUCAUGGGAAAGGUUCUUGUGGAAAAGUUGUUGCGUUCGUGCCCGGAGCUAGAUACCAUCUACAUCCUACUGCGGCCGAAGAAGGGCCACUCGGUCGAGGAGCGGCUUGACGAGUUCCGCAGUUCGGCGAUAUUCGGCCGGUUGAACGAGGAGCGACCUGGCGCGUCGCUCGGACCGCAGCUGGUGGCGGUGGCCGGCGACGUCAGCGAAAAGGGAUUCGGUCUGAGCCCUGAGGACAGGCAGCGGCUCGUGCAGAACGUGUCCGUUUUCUUCCACUCGGCUGCCUCGGUCCGUUUCGAUGACACUCUCCGGACGGCCGUCUCCCUCAACCUCAGGGGAACCUACGAGGCGAUCAAACUCGCCGAGAACAUGAAGCAUCUCGUGGUGUUUUUGUACGUUUCGACGACCUACAGUAACACGACAAGAUACGUUACCGACGAGGCCGUGUAUCCAUCGGUGGCGCCGUGGAAACUUCUGCUCCGUAUGAUCGACGAACUCGAUGAUGACACGCUCGAGAUCGUCACGCCAAAGGUUCUGGGAAAACUGCCUAACACAUACGGUUUCUCAAAGGGUUUGGCUGAGGCGGUGGUGAACGACCACCGCGACACAGUGCCAGCAAUCAUCUUCAGACCCUCCAUCGUUUGCUCGUCGAUGCAGGAGCCGUUCCCAGGCUGGCUGGACAAUCUGAACGGUCCUGCAGGGCUGCUGAUUGCCUGCGGAAAGGGCCUCAUCCACUCUGUUUUCUGCAACCUCGACCUCAUAAGCGACUUUUCGCCCGUCGACGUCGCAAUUAAAGCCAUGAUCGUCGCUGCCUGGAAGAACGGCGUCCGACGCAGCAGAGCAAUGCAAAGGGCUGGUUUCGAGUCAGAGCCAAAAUCGGAGAUAAUCCACGAUUCUGAGGACGACGGCCGCUGUGCCGAUUACAUUCCCGUGUACAACUGUGCAACCUCACCAGUGAGGAACACGACCAUCGGCACCGUGGUCACUAUGGCUCAGGAGAUGGCCAUGGUGAUUCCGCUGAACGACUGCAUUUGGUACCCGACUGGCAAGGCGACCACCAACCGCCUGAGGCACGUGUUCAUCGUCUUCUCCAUGCAAAUCCUCCCAGCGAUUGUGGUCGACAGCCUCCUCCGGCUCAAAGGCGAAAAGCCAAGGCUGCUGCGUAUGCAACGGCGGAUCUUCCUGGCGUGCCACGCGCUCGAGUAUUACCUGAACAACUCGUGGAGCUUCCCGAACCACAGGUUCAAGCGGCUCCUCGAGGGCAUUCCCGACGGCGACAAGGAGGCGUUCAGCUCGACCAUUUGGGAGGAAGACGAGCGAGAGUACUUCAAGAACUGCAUGCGCGGCGCCCGAAAGUACCUUCUCAACGAACCCGAGGAGACCAUGCCGGCGGCAAAGAGACACAUUGUCAAAAUGUACUGGGUGGACAAAAUCGUGCGCUAUGGGCUGCUUGGGCUGUUUAUCUACGGUUUGUUAGCUUUCAUCGGCAUCGGCAGCUCGCCUACAAACAUUCCCGACCUUGCCACCAACGUCUAGUAAUAUUGUUACUAUCAAAUUAUAGUAAUAAAAGAGCGCCAUUCGACGAUUAACCAA